ACAACGACCAUCCAUAUCUUCCGAUAUACCAGUCAGUCCCCCUACUUUUUUUUACGCACUUGAGCUUCCCUUUGCGUACUGUGGCGCCCUUUUCCUGGCAUGACGAUCCAUGUCGGACCUUCUCCGUCGGAAUAAGUUGGUGAUAUCGGCCUUGUUGCGACCUUGAUUAUUUGCUAUUCCGACGUGAGCUCUUUAUAAAGAGGCAUGGAAGUAAUACCACUCUUCUACGAAAACUAUCCCGGUACUGCCAAAUCAUCAUGUCAGCCUCGGAAUCCCACCACAUUACUAUCCUGGGCGCCGGUGUUGUAGGCCUAACUACCUCCCUUGUCCUCGCCAACACCUACCCCGCCGCGCGCAUCACUAUAGUAGCAAAACACUUUCCCGGCGACCGAUCAAUCGAGUACACGUCGCCAUGGGCCGGCGCAAAUUGGGCCUCGAUGGCUCACGACAAUGGCCCGUUAGAAAAGUAUGACGAAGUAACUUUCCAUCGAUUUGGCGAACUCAUUGAUGGGAAGGUGGUGCACGGCUGCAAAGCGAUAAAGAAAGGGGAAGGAAAUGAGCUUGGGUUGGGAAGACAGGGUAUGUGGGCUGUGUUUGAUGCGCCUAUUGAAGAGACGGGUAUUCUGACGGAGGAGACGGGCAAGGUGUGGUACGAUUCACUUGUAGGCGGGCUGAGAGAAUUGAGCAAGGAAGAACUACCUAAAGAUGCAGUCUUUGGUCUUGACUUCCCGAGCACGUUUCGAAUUAAUACGCAGGUGUACUUGCAGUGGCUUCAGAGUCAAGCCCUAGCCAAAGGCAUAACGCUCAUUCGUCGACAUUAUCCGUCGGUCUCCAAGCUGCUGGGCGACUUUCCAUCGACUACGCUUCUGAUCAACUGCACUGGUCUCGGAUCUCUUCAUCUGAGCGACAUCCUCGACAAGAAUCUAUACCCGACUCGAGGUCAAACACUGCUAGUCGCAGAACCCAAGACUCCUAUCAACAGAAUGUACCUCCGCUCCCCCAAGCGCAUAGAUCCCACGACAACCUACGUCUUUCCACGCCCUCUCGGGGGCGGUGUUAUUCUCGGCGGUAGCCGUCAAGACAACGAUUGGAGCGCUGAGUGGGACGAAGAGUUAGGGAAAGACAUCAUGAAGCGAUGUUGUGAACUGUGUCCUGAACUAGGGCGAGUAGAGGAUUUGCAGAUCAUAGCAAAGAACGUUGGGCUGCGACCUUCGAGGAUAGGUGGCCCAAGGAUUGAGACGGAGAAGGGCAAGUGGGAUGUUCCGGUUGUGCAUUGCUACGGGCAUGCUGGAGCGGGGUAUCAGUCUUCUUGGGGUACGGCUGAGCGGGUACUGGAGUUGGUGCAAAAGACAUUUGGUUCCAGCCUAAAGUUAUGAUUUGGUCGUUAACCUAUGAUUUGCUUAAUAGCCCUAGAAUAAUGGAAUAGGACAUGACGCAUAGAGACUGAAAUUAUCUUGUUCACGCGGCCGUUACGCAUAUCUUCAACCGUCGACGAGUAAAGCCUGAGGACUUCAUCCUGAAUCGACGGAAAACUAAGGGAGUCCUAUAUCGAUAGUUGAAAAUAUGAAUUAGGUCCAGUUAUUACGGGGUGCUUGUUGACCAUAGUCUCAACCAGAAUGAUAAUC